AUGGACCGAUUGCCACUUGAGAUUCUCCGGGUAAUCACUAGCUAUCUCUCUCCAGAAGACCUGGUCAUUUUGCAGCUGGUAUCACGGAGUCUAUAUGCUGCCGCGCGUGAUAACGUCGUAUGGCGCGAGAUAUGCUAUCUGGCUCUGAAAGAGCGCUUUAUGAAGUUGAAGCAGAAGCUCGCUUUAUAUACACUAUCUAGCAAACGGGUGUGGCAGUCUCACCUGUUUGAGGAUACCCCAGCCAACGCUGCGGUGCGUUGGGACCCGUCAGACCCAGAGGAGGAAAUUGACUGGUGUGCCGAAUACGUUGCUCGCUAUGGCCCUAUGAAUGUCACUUGGUUACAGAGUCCGGCUGUUGAAGACCUUAAUGACCGUGGUCGUCCACUGGAGGCCAAAGGGGUUGGCGUCCUAAAGAACAGGAGUUACGGUGCAGACGACCAGGUUGUUGGACUACUUGAGAACGGCUUGGUGGCUAUUUGGGAUGCUAGUCGGGGGAAAGCUGCUCGGUCAAGUCGUUCUGUGCUUUCGCUUCCCAGUCUCUCGUCGUCGGCUAAUCUGAAUGAUACGGUGCAUGAUGGCAUUACAGAGCGAAUCAGUGUUGAUUCUAUCUCACAGAGAGCAUAUAUUGCUGACGCCAACGUUGUUAAUGAAGUGGACUUGUCCACCCUGGAGCUGAUCUCGCAGAGGACUUAUCCAGAGUGUAUAUUUGCUUUAUCACAGGAGACGCCAGACUACCAGGCCCCUAUUACGGUUGCCACAAGGAAAGGGCUCCAUCUAUUCGAUCCGAGACUCCAGCCGGUGUAUCAACAGAGAGAUACAUCUAUUCUCCUGGAGUCUCACUCAUCAUUACAUCCAACUGCCGGAAAUUCUGGAACAGUGAAUUAUACCGAGUUACUUCAGCCCGGCCCUCACUGCAUCCUCCACCCUCCACCCCCGAGCACGAAUUCCAUAGUCGUGGCUGGGCGAUUCCCGAGUAUCCUUCUUUAUGACCGCCGAAAUCUGGGACGCCUACAAGCAAGUGUACACUCUGGUGCUCGGUUAUGCGGGCUGGCGGCCUUGCCAGCCAUCCCCAAAUACUAUCGUCCGUCAGAUUCCAGCGUUCGAGGUCAGUCUUUCGUUGCAUGCGGAGAGAAUAGGGGGAUUGGCUCCAUAGAAAUAUACUCCCAUACGUCUCCAAAUACAGAUGGCAACUCUGCCUUCACAAUCAAAACUGUCAACGUCAACAGAGCGUCUGCUUCUCCCUCAAAGCUUCUCUCUGUAGCCCUCCAUGGAUCUCGGAUUGUGUUUUCAGAUUCAGUGGGCCGCAUCAUUUGGAUGGAGAGAGACGGCAGGACGCCUUUACGGACUCUGGACCUGAACGGCAGGUCUCUGGUGACUAUGGAAGGGAGGGUGAUUAACCCCACCAUUGAACAAGACUGUGAUUAUGGCGCAAACAGCCGUGUAGCUCGCAAGAUCAUACCUACCAGGGGCAGCAGGCUGGACCAAGACGGGCUGAUCAUCUGGACUGGAUCUCAAAUUGGGCGGGUACGCUUCUCCCAUGCCGACAAAGAAGAACCGCCAGUAGCUGAAGAGCCCUCCGAACAAGAAGUAGAGAGGAUGAGGAUUGAAAGGGAGGCCUGGCGGGACUUUAGAAAGUGCAUGUCUAUGGGCUGGAUAUGA